UUCAUAAUUCGAAAAUCUCAUCUCCCCCCACACCCCGCUUUGCCUAAAAAGAUUUUUUUUCUCGAGAUGAUGUCCUCAGCGAUUGUUACUCACGAUGUGGAAUCGCUCGCUCUGCAAUCUUAUAGCCGCAAGGAGAAAUCUCUAGGGGUUCUCGUCUCCAAUUUCCUGAGACUGUAUAACCGAGACGACGCAGAUCAGAUUGGGCUCGAUGACGCCGCUGGCCAAUUAGGAGUUGAACGCCGCCGUAUAUAUGAUGUCGUCAAUAUUUUGGAGAGCAUUGGGAUUGUGGCAAGAAGAGGGAAGAAUAUGUAUUCCUGGAAAGGUUUUGGUGAGGUUCCUCGCUCUCUAAAUGAACUCAAGGAAGAAGGAAUGAGAGAGAGGCUUGGUGACUCGAGUACCAACAACUCUGACAAGAUUUCAAAUGAUGGUGAAAGAGAAGAAGAAUCUUUCAGUUUCACACCUGAUGAUCAAGAAAACUCAUCAUCCUCUAAAAUUGUACCAUUUUCAGACCAAAGGAAGGAGAAAUCUCUAUGGCUUCUCUCGCAGAACUUUGUGAAGAUGUUUCUUUGUUCUGAUGAUGAUCUCAUCACACUUGAUAGUGCUGCAAAAGCCUUGCUGAGCGACUCUCAAGAUCCUGUCCAUAUGAGAACUAAAGUUAGACGACUUUAUGACAUUGCAAAUGUGUUUUCCUCGAUGAAUUUAAUCGAGAAGACUCAUAUUCCAGAGACAAAGAAACCAGCAUACAGGUGGUUGGGGUCCGAUAGCAUAGCUGAGAAAGGAACAAGCUUAUUCAAUUCCGAUGAACCGAAGAAGCGGGUGUUUGGAAGAGAGAUCACAAACUUGAGAGCAAAAAGAAGCAAAACAGACUGUUCAUCAAACUGCAAGCAAAUUGGAUAUAAGAAACAUGAUGAGGAAAACACAGAGCAGGAAUUGAAACCAGUGGCAAGUAAGUAUGUGUUUGGCCCAUUCUCCCCAACAGGAGGAGCUAAGAGGAACGACAAUGUCGGAAAGGGAAGGUUACUAGAGAUCGAGAGCCUUGCUGCUAGUGCUACCUACAGACCACAGUAUUGUAAUCAAGAGAUAACUAGUCUAUUUGGGCAUUACACGGAGGCAUGGAAGAAAUGGUUUGCAGAGCUUGAUCGGAAGUAAAUAACAUAGUAUUACUUACUGAGGUAGAUGUUUCGUCUGCGUCUGGGUACAUGAGAGAGUGCACAUAACUCUAUCGAACAUAGCCUCUUCUUCUUCUUCUUUUUUUUUUUUUUUUUUUUUUUUUUGUCUUAAAUCAAACAGUAGUAAGAAACAAAGGUAUUAAUUGUUUUUGCCGAGUGACUUUGGUCUUAGUUUAGACUCAGUUCCAUCCUCUCUUUAACUUAACUUAACAUAAAUGUUUAAUCCCUCU